AGCUGUGGCCCCUCCCCUGUUCUGCAGCGGGGUCCCGCGCUGCCGGAAUCCUGAGAAGGGUUGGAUCCCUCCCGUCACUUCCAGGGAUUGUCGAGGCCGGCUCUAGGAGCGGAUUCAGUGGGUCGGGCCCCAAGUGGGCCACUGUACUGCCGAGUCCGAAGGCUAGGGGCGCUCUGCCCGCACUUAGGCGCUUCCGGGGACCCCGCGCGCUCACCGGACCCUUGCGGGAGAGGCCGCAUUUCUAUCCUGGGAAAAAUAGGGAAGCUGAGGCUACCGCGGGGAAGCGAUUUGUCCUGGGUCACGCAGCAAACCCAGAGUCAGCUCAACAGCCCGCGCUGUCUAGGAGUCCCGGGCCGACCCCACCCGGCUUACAGCUAUAGUCCCGCCCCUCCCCCAGAGCCGGAGCGGAAUGAGGAGUGGGCGUUGGGCUCACCCACCAGGCGGGGCCCGAGGGGCGGGGCCACCUUAGCUCCGCCCCGGCCCUAUUGGCUGCGGCGCCAGGGGCGGGGUGCGGCUGCCAGAUGUUGGGGCGGUGGCGGCUGGAGCUACGGUGAGCGAGGAGCGGCGGAGCAAGGCGGAGGGCGAGGGUGCCGCUGGCCGGCCGGCCGAGCCCUCUCCGCGCAGCUCCCGCUGGAGUUCGAAGAACUGGCAGGCCUGGCGGGGGCUCCGGCUCGGGCAUGCACAGCGCUCGGCUUGACAGCUUUCUGGGCCAGCUCCGCUGGGAACUGCUAUGUGGCCGGGACACAGGCUCACCCCCAAUGCCUGGCCCUCUUCCACCACCUCCCAAACCUGGCCCAGGUGUGGGGCUCAGCCACCGGCUCAGGGCCCCAGAUGCCUUGGAAGAGGAUUCGGUCUGCUGCGUGGAGGAAGAGGAAGAAGAAGCUGUGGUGAUAAGAAACAGGGGUGUAGCCUUGGGGGGCCCGAGGGAGCAUGCCCUGGACUGGGACUCUGGCUUCUCGGAGGUGUCAGGCAGCACAUGGAGAGAGGAAGAGCUGCCAGUACUUCAGCACCGAGCACCUCCAGCAUGGCCCUCCCAUAGAGAGCGCCUCUCGGCCAGUGGCGUCUCCCUGCCCAGAGGGGCCUCUGUGGCCAGUGCACCCCCUGCCCACCGACCACGGCCCAAGUCCACCCCAGAUGCCUGCCUGGAGCAUUGGCGAGGGCUGGAAGGUGAGGACUGGACAGCAGCCUUGCUGAGCAGAGGUCGCAGUCGCCAGCCCCUGGUGCUGGGGGACAACUGCUUUGCUGACUUGGUGCACAACUGGAUGGAGCUGCCUGAGGCAGUGGGUGAGGGGGAUGUUGGUGGUGGGCCCCGUGCCCGUCCUCGGCCCCCCCAGUUUCUGCUUGGCCUCUCUGAGCAGCUGCGGCGUCAGCUGGCCAGGGCACGCCGGGCAGCCAUGGCGGGAAAGCGCCUGUCAUGCCCACCUCGCUCAGAACCUGAACUGCCUGCAGAUGUCUCACGCUUUGCAGCUCUCAUGAGCUGCCGCAGUCGCCAGCCGAUCAUCUGCAAUGAUGUCAUCAGCUACCUCUGACCCUGCCCUCCAGCCUAGGACAAUAAAGAACUUUCUCUGGAC